AUGCUGGCCGCCGUGGCGUGCCGCGCGCAGCUGCACGACCGCGGCACGCGCGCGCUCUUCGCCAACCUCGCCGUGGCCAACCUGGCGCAGGCGGCCGCCGUGCUGCCCGCCACCUUCGCCGUGCUCAUCCUCAACAACUGGGUCUUCGGCCGCACGCUCUGCUACUGCCUGCCCAUGAUGCAGGACAUCCCGCUGCACGUGACGAUGCUGACGUUCGUGUUGCUGGCGACGGACCGCUACCGGCUGGUGCUGUACCCGUACAAGCCGCGGGUGCCACUCUGCAUCUGCGCCAUGGGCUCGUGGCUGCUCGCCGUCUGCAUAGUCGUGCCCUACCCCUUCUACCUCACGUACCUCGACCUGGGGUUGCUGUGGAAGCCGCUCGAGGGUACUGGCUUCUGCAUCGUCAACCUCGUGGCCAGCAUGCAAGACUAUAUGCGUGGUCUCUUCCUAUUCACGUACGUGCUGCCGCUGUCGACGAUGGCGUACCUGUUCGUGCGGGUGUCUCAGGAGCUGAAGACGCAGGGCGGCCCGCUGGCCGUCAUGAUGUACGAGGCUCGCGGACGAGACGAACACGGCCGUAGCCACUCCGCCUGCCACAGCUACAGAAGCAUUCCCGACCGCCUGCGUUCAGGGCCCGCCUCGAGGCGCUCCUCCGAGGCUGAAUUAGUGGCGCAGCACGCGCCAUUAGCGCGACACCGCGCAGCCCGCAGCCCGCAGCCCGCAGGCCGCGGCGAGUGCCGCAUGAUCCCCGCCUGCGUGAUACCGGCGCUGAUCCGGAGCGACCGCUGCGGCCUGUACGACGCAGAGCUGGACGUGGUGGAGGAGAAGCGCGCGCACAAGUACCUGGUGCUCAUGGUGAGCGCCUUCGGCUUCUGGCUGUGCCCCCUCAUGGUACUGCGGUGA